GUGUCUGUGCGGGGGCGAGCGGCGGCUGUGCUGAGGUGAGGCUUUUUUCCCUGUGUUUUACAAACCCAUGAAUAUUCCAUGUCUUGUUGUACAAGGAGGAAUAGAACAGGAAUGGCAUUAAUGCUGAAUUUUAGCUGGUGGCGUCAAAACAAAGUCGUGGGAGGAGGAGAAGAGAGAGAUCCUGGAUUUUAGGUUUUUGCUUGGAAAUUCUGGCCUCAGGCACAGAAAGGAGCUGAUGAAGCCUUUAAGCUCUCAGGUUCUCCUUCUAGCUUUGAGAGCAUCGCUCUUGUAGAAGAGGAUCUGAACGGCGAGCUGAUGAACGAAGACAUACGUAUCCAUAGCUGGCCUUGUUCUUACUACUUGGACACCAGCAAACAAUGGGUCUCUGGCAAACUCUCCCUGACUCCUGUGGCGAUCAAAUUUACAGCUGACAAAACCGGGGAGCUUUUGGUCAACUUUCACCUUUCUAGUAUCAGCGAGAUCAAGAAGGAGUCUUCGAAUUUAAUCUUCAGCUCCCUGACAGUCUUAGAGAAGAACACCAAGCACUGGUUCAGUUCUCUGCAACCCAACCGAAAUGUGGUGUUCAACAUCCUCGAGCACUUCUGGAGGGAGCAACUGCUGUCGAGCCAAAGCGCAGGAGCAGAAGCAGCAGCUUUGCAGUCAACAAAGGGAAAAGAACUGACCGGAUUGUUGACCGGAUCCCAGAAACGACUGGAGGACACAGCAAAAGUGCUGCAUUACCAGGGCGAGCAGUUCGAUAACAUCAUGAAAGGCCUCAACAAGAUCGAAGGGGAUAUGGAUGUAGCAGACAGGUUGUUGACUGAGCUCGAAUCUCCUUCUUGGUGGCCAUUUAGCAGCAAGCUCUGGAAAGCGCCAUUGGAAAGCAAGCCAAAGGAAACUGCCACAGUUUCCGAUUCGAAGAACCAGGAAGGAAUCGUAAUUAGAAUUCCAGUUAUUAUCACCCACAGAACAGACUCAAAUGUCAAGCCAGGAAAACUCACGCUCUUCGCUUCUGGCCUGGAAAUCAGUGACUGCAACUCUCAGGUCAUUCACCGGUUUGAAUCGAAGGAUGUAGAUGAUAUCAGGGUUCAUACGCCAUACGAAAUCAGUGUCCGUCAGAGAUUUAUUGGGAAGCCUGACACCUCUUACCGGCUCUUGUCAGCAAAGAUGCCAGAAGUGAUCCCCAUCUUGGAGAUGCAGUUUAGCAAGAAGAUACAGUUUUUAGAGGAUGCCCUGGGAUUUGUCGGUGCCACAAAGUCUCCUCAGGUAGAUUUGGGGACCACCAUUUGGCAAGCAGCCACGGGACUUGUGGGAGGAGUGUUGCAGCCCAGCUCUCCGGUGGAAGGCAAAGAAGGGAUGGACAAUGACCAGGCUCAGCUCCAGAAGCAAGAGAAGAUCUCCCAGGAAGAAGCAAAAGAGCUUAAACAGAUCCUACAGAAGCUGAAGGGCCUCGCCUUGGAGACAGAGGCCGAGCUGGAGAGACAGGACGAAGCUCUGGAUUCCAUCACUACCUCCGUCGACCGCGCGACGCUGAAUAUCGACAAGCAGAACCGCAGAAUAAAGAGACUAACAUAGCGCCCGCAGGUAUCGAGAGGAAGAGGAGGAUCGGGGAACUGUAUUUUUGAAGUUGUUUCUUUAAUAGACACCUUGGGAGGCGGUCGCAAUAUUGUCUGGAACAUGACGCUGCUGCUGUCGAGUUCCUGAGGGUUUUGAAAACGUUUCCAGACUUGGGUGAUGUUUGGAGACUGUUUUAGGAUUAAUCAAGCCAACACUUUUUAAUUGCGGUGAAACAAGGAUAGUGGAUUCUUUACUACAGUAAACCUGUAAAUACGAAGGGAUGCGAUAUAAUCUAAAUCAACUUUUAUGUGGUUUUUUAUGUUGCUGCUUUUGAUUUUUGGUUUUGUUUUGGUUUUUUACUGCAACAGUGAAGGAGAAAUGAACUGCAUAUGAGAGCACUUUAGAUGAUUACAGCUUAUUAAUUCUCUCUCAAGGUCUUUCUUGAAAACACUUAAUAGCUGAACUAAGGGCCAGAUGUCCAACUGCAGAUCACUGAGGCUUUUUCUUUGUAAGCUGAUGGUGAUAAAAACUUGUGUUCCCUGAGCACAUAGUUUAAUAGGUUUCAAUCGUGGUUUUUAUGUACUCAGUAGUGAAGUGGCCACAAGUGUCUGUUGCCAUAUCCUGGGAAAUCAAAAGAAGGUUCAUGUGCAUGUAUUGGUAGAGGCAUCAACUUGGCAUCACGACCAUGUCGUUCACUUUAUGUGGUCCCUAAAUACCAUGUUGGAUCUGGGCUGCCGCAUCUCAGAUGGAUGUUGGUACAAAGUCUUGUGUCCCUGCUCUGUCCUUCAUUUUCCAAGGAUCUCCCUGCUCUUUGGCUCCGAAUCUCUAAAUGGGAAAUUCAUGAGUUGUGUGGAGCAUCGUGUGGUUUUUGGGUGUCUGCUCCAGGUUCAUGGGCUGAGGGCCCUAUGGGCAGAGUUGUAGACAUCUGUAUAAUAUUUUAUAGUUGUGGUGCAUCCGUCUUACCUUGGGUCUAUUAUUUAUUUGCACUAACUGGUGGUGAAGCAUUUCAAGACUUUCUGUAGACCUAUAUCUCUAAAAUAAAAGGGAAUAAUGUCAGUUGUUGUCUAAUAGGCUUUGUUGAGUUUACAAUUGGCUCCAUCGAGACUACAGGACAGUGGAGACCUUUUCCCCCCCUAAAUUACUUGAUAACCCAUAUAUCCAUCACCUGUGGCGGAGAACUCGCAUUUCAUCAAUUCCUACAGUUUACCAGCUAUUUUAGUUCAAAGUAGCUGUUGUAAUGUCUUUUAAGCUGUUUUAUAGUAAAAAGUUCUUGUAUUGCUUUCAAAUACAACACUUUUGGUGCAACAUUUUUACCGGUGAAGCUUUGAACUGUUUAUUCCACUGACAGCUGAUGUGAGAUUUUCCUGUAUCAGAGUAAUUCCGCCUUCCUUUUAAAGAAAGAUGCGGUAAAUCACAUGGAGCAUGUUGUUUUCAAGAUCUUACUCUACCUUGUUCUGUGUUAUUUCAUAUUAGGUUGUUAGCAUUAAAGUGCUUCUGCACUGCAGGUUCUUAAUUUACAGUCCAAGUUGUUACUGGCAUGCACUUUAAUUGCUGACCGUGGUGAUUAGAUAUAUAUAUAUAAAUAUAUGCAUUGUGUACUGUGAAAUAAAAUAUUGUCUGCGGUUCCCUUGUUUGUUUCCAAUACCCAAAUCACUUUUGGUUUACUGUGAGAGGAAAAGAUGUUUACACAGCUAAUUAUUUCAUGAAUUUCAAAGUAUAGGUUAUGCAAGAUAGAUGUGAACUGAACCUGGUGCUGACUACUGGGAAUGAAUCUCUAAACUGAAUUAGUCCGAACCAGGAUUGCCAAACUUAAACACUAAUUACACAGCAUUUACUUUAGCGUUCUCUGUGCCAUACUUUUGAUUGCUGUGAUUUUUAGCACUCGCUGUUGCGUCAGAUUCAGUAUCUUGUGGUUUUUGUUUGUCCAACUUGUCCAAAGCAAAAAAUGGCAAUGUUGUUUGUAAGAAGUGACACAUUCUAGCGCCGUGCAUUAGCUAGAGUUCAUUUCAAUCUGUAAUCUCUUCUUAUUAAAUAUCUUGAAAUAGU